ACGCUCUCCCGGGCACGGCGGGAGAGACGAUGGGGCGGCGAGGAGGACGCCGUGGAUAAGGAAGGGGGGAGGGGAUGAGGCGGCGUGAGCCGCGUGCAGAAUCGAUCGCGUGUGCGGGCUGCGUCGAGAGUGUGCAUGCGUCAUGGGCCGUGAGUGGAGAAUGUUGACUCACGCGCAGCCCGGCCCGGCUUCCUUCCCCGGCGCGGCUGUCGAGGAGGCGCCGACAUGUCCUCCAGCGAGGAAGCGCCGCCAUUUCACGGCGCCUUCACGAAGGACGUUCUGUACGAGCUUCACCGGCGGCAGCCCCAGCGCUUCCACUUCAUGACCAAGUUCAACGCCAAGAGCGCCUCGUGGAAGGACUUCGAACUGGUCGUGCUCGACGGGGAGCUGCGCGACUUCGCGCGCUGCGUGCACUGCAAAAACUUCGUGUCCUACUCGAGCAAGAAGGGAACCGGCAGCAUGCUCAGGCAUCGCUGUCACGCCAAGGAGUCCUGCUUCACAGCGGAAGAACACAACCGGUUCCGCGAGAUGGAGUUCUUCCUGCGGUCCACGCCGCAGCCUUUGGGCUUCCCCAGCCUCCCGUCGCCGUUCCUGCCCCGUAUCAAAGUGGAGGUGCCUGACCCUCCCGACUCUCCUCUUCGCUCGUCGGACGGCUGCCACACCAACCUCAACAGAAGCUGCACGCCGGCUAGAAACAACAGCCGCCACAUAAACACCGACGAGGAGCCCCUGGACGUGCGGAUCAACCCGAGGUCUCCGGACGGCGUGUCCCGCACGUACGCUCGUACCGCCACCGGGGCCCCGGUGAUGGAGAGCAACGGUGAGGUCGAGGAGAUCGUCGCCAACGUCGAAUUGGCCGACGACAGCUCUGCCGAUGGCGCCGCCGAGGACCGCCGAGACAACGGCAGGACGGCCAACUUCGCGGCGGCACGUGCCCUCGCAGAACGCCAGCUGGCGGAGCUGCAGCGUCUGCACGCGGAGGAAGAGCACAAGCUCAAGAUCGAGCUGCUGAAGAAACAGCACGCCGUCGCGGACUUGCAGCGGAAGUACUGGAGGCUCAAGGUGAAGGCACUGAGCCAGAAGGCGUUCCACGGAGACAACAAGGCUGUCGCCGAGGACGACUCCGAUACGGCGGAAUGAGGCUCAGCAGCUCCGUUUCAGGGUCAUGGUCUGAACGUGGUCGGUCUUCUUGGCUGAAAAAUGCCCGUCCAAAUGGGGCCAUUGUGUGUAUCGUUACUUCUGGCCUGGUACGGGCGGCCUACAAGGCGAGCCUUGAGGGUUGCCCCUUACCGUUAUGACUCUCAAUCAACGAGCUAGUUUAACACCACAUCAAUGAAUUCAAAUGAGAAGAAGCGAUCCAUAUGGGUGCCCUUGAAAAAAAAAAAAAAAAAAAGGAAGGUUAAACUCAACGUGGUCCUGCGAAAGAAAAUGGGAUUAGUCUGUGAUGGUAGGGGGAAGUUGUGCCAUAAGCCAAAACUUAAUGUAAUCGGCCACCUUUUGGAGGUUGUUCGAUAUGUUCCGGGAGGUUGAGAUAAAUGUAAAGUAGAGCUUGGGGUAGAUGAACAAGAGCCUGUUGGUGCGAACAGGGUUCCAAGUACAAAGUGAGCGCUGUGCUACCAGUGUCUGAGAUGCACCGGAGAAAGUCAUAAUUUGAUACAACUUUUAAUAUUACGGGGGCUAUACGUUUGUUUUGUACCGUAUACCGAUUGGCGUAUCAUCUGCGUUGAUGUGCACUAAUGAACUAAAGUGAGUACGUUAGGAUAGGUGUUUCGUAACGCCCGUGCGAGACCAACGGGUUUGGCCCUUGGCACCAGGGCUUGUUGGCCAGCCGAGCAACAAUGCUGCUCGGUUUGGCCGGCAGCUAAACCUAACUCAACUGCACACUGUAAAACGCCCCGUGUGUCUACACCCUGGAAAGGUCACUGAAAGUCAAGCACUCCAGUCUACGAAACAAGGUGAUUCUAGUGAACUGCACGAAGAGAUGAUGUACAUGACAACUUUAACGUGUUUCGGAACACUGAGUCUCUACAGAUUAAUGUUCAAUGUUAGUUUAUCGUUAUGUUGAAUCCAAACUCUUGACUAGUUCCGUCUUUCUAUACGUCUUUAAACAUACAGAACUCAGUGUCACCGAGAAACACUCAGGCGGAGAAGCAGUCAUUAUAUUCUACGGAAGAACUCCAUUUAAUGUCAGGACCCAGAGAAAUUUUCUAUCCAGGAACGAAAGUGUGCGCUGGGACCAUACGCUUCCAAAGUGUCAUGCUCAUUGUCUUAGCUCAGGUGGCAUUUGCGUGUCAGGGUGUGUCCCUCUCUACCAAAAUGAUUGACCUCUUUUGCGCUUCUUGGAAAUGCUGGGCGUGCAGAUGUUUCUCGAGCGGUGUUGAUUGCGGUAAUUUUAUUCCUGCGUUCUUUACAGUGACGUGGGCUCGCAGGUUCCUUUGCAUUGCACUUUUUAACAGCUAAGAAAGAGUGUGUCGAGCAGUUGAUCUGAUUAUCACUAGGCCCAAAUAAGAACAACGGAGUACAAGCAAGGGGUCGCGGAGUACAAUUAUCGACACCUUGCGCUUCUUUACCUUUUCAUUAAUGACAUUUUGAAAAUCAUUCCGGCGCUCAGCAUUGAAACUGGGACGGGGCGCGUAUGAAAUCCAUCGCUGCUAUCAUGACGUAAUAUUUGGUGUAAAUUUAGUGUAAUCACGAAGAUCCCGAGACCGAGUCUUAAACUCUAUUUUUUUCUCAUUUAUCGCCCUAUUGGCCUUGACCUGUAUAAUCAAAUACAGACAAAAAAAAAAAAAAAAAAAAAGACAGCACUUACAUGUCGCUUUUUUUUCUCGGUCUUGGGAUUCUUCGCAAUUAGGCUGCUACCAGUGAGAACACUUAAGGGAAUUACGAAGUCCGCAUAACAUUUUUUAAAGCAGAUGUUGCCUUUAGGCCAAAAUUACCCGCGCCUUCUAUUCUAACAGUAGGGUCCUUUCGUUGAUAGCAAUAAUUGGCGGCUGUUACACGUGUGUGUACAUGCACAUACGUUUUUGGUUGCUGUUCUUCUGGCAGGAUUUACGUAGCUCGCGAUAAUAAAUCGGUAACGAUUCUAGAUUCGAGUUAACAUAGAUAAACUGCAAGUAUUUACACUUUUUGUUUUUGUAUUUCAAUGUACACUUGCGUUCUACUUAUCGCCUCUCAGCAAUCGGCACACUCGAGGCUGGCCCAGUACUCGUAUAACUUCACAUCGAAUUAUAUAUGUUCAUGAAACGUGAAAAAAAAACUUCAGCUAAAAAGGCAACAACAUGACAAAGGCUGUUUAUGCAGAAAAAGUGCGUAUUUUGGGAUGUUGUAUUCAGUUUUUGCAAGUUUAUCAAGCUACGCGGCAAAAGCAUUGGUCUGGUUGCCAUAGCGCAAAUAUUACAUUUGUAGGUAGGAAAAAAAAAAAAAAAAGAC